UUCAUAAAUUAGGCGUACUGCUAUUUUUUGUUUCUUCUAGGGGGUCAUACAGUUUUCAUCUACAUCUGUUCUAAAAGAAACCAGCAAUCAUGGGUGACGCUGAGAUGGCUGUUUUUGGCCCGGCGGCACAAUUUCUCCGCAAAAGUGAGAAGGAAAGAAUUGAGGCCCAGAGCAAGCCUUUCGAUGCUAAGAACACAGUAUUUGUAGAUGAUGCAAAGGAGCUUUACCUGAAAGGUUUGGUUACAGCUCGAGAAGAUGGCAAGGUCACAGUGAAAACUGAUGCUGGAAAUAAUGUAACUGUUAAAGAGAACCAAAUUUACCCCCAAAAUCCACCAAAGUAUGACAAGAUUGAAGACAUGGCCAUGAUGACUCACCUGAACGAGGCCUCUGUGCUGUACAAUCUCAAAGAGCGUUAUGCAGCAUGGAUGAUCUAUACGUAUUCUGGUCUAUUCUGCGUCACUGUGAACCCCUACAAGUGGCUGCCAGUGUACAACCCAGAGGUUGUUGCCGGCUACAGAGGAAAGAAGCGUGUGGAAGCCCCACCUCACAUCUUCUCCAUCUCUGAUAAUGCCUACCAGGCCAUGUUAACAGAUCGUGAAAAUCAGUCUGUCCUGAUUACUGGAGAAUCUGGUGCAGGAAAGACUGUGAACACCAAGCGUGUCAUCCAGUACUUUGCAACAAUUGCAGCUAUUGGAGAUUCAGGAAAGAAGAAGGAACUCAGCAACAGCUUGCAGGGGACUCUUGAAGAUCAAAUUAUUCAAGCCAACCCUUUGUUGGAAGCUUUUGGUAAUGCCAAGACUGUGAGAAAUGACAACUCUUCACGUUUUGGUAAAUUUAUCAGAAUCCACUUUGGUACCACAGGAAAACUGUCAUCAGCUGAUAUUGAAACAUAUCUGCUAGAAAAAUCCAGAGUUACAUUCCAGCUAUCAGCUGAGAGAAGUUAUCACAUCUUCUAUCAGAUGAUGACAAACAAGAAACCAGAGAUUGUUGAAAUGUGUCUAAUCACAACCAACCCAUAUGACUUCCCAUUCGUCAGCCAGGGUGAGAUUGUUGUGAAGAGUAUCGAUGAUAAUGAAGAGCUGAUGGCCACUGAUAGUGCCAUUGACAUCCUGGGUUUCAAUCCAGAUGAAAAGGUUGGUAUCUACAAACUGACAGGCGCAGUCAUGCACCACAGCAACAUGAAAUUUAAACAAAAGCAAAGAGAGGAGCAGGCUGAGCCUGAUGGCACAGAGGAUGCUGACAAAAUUGCUUAUUUGAUGGGCCUGAAUUCUGCUGAUUUGCUCAAGGCAUUGUGUUACCCAAGGGUCAAAGUUGGUAAUGAAUUUGUCACCAAGGGCCAGACUGUCCCACAGGUCAAUAACUCUGUUGGUGCCCUCUGCAAGUCUGUGUAUGAGAAACUGUUCUUGUGGAUGGUCACACGUAUCAACCAACAGCUGGAUACCAAACAACCAAGACAGUACUUCAUUGGUGUGCUGGAUAUCGCUGGGUUCGAAAUCUUUGAUUUCAACAGCUUGGAGCAGCUCUGCAUCAAUUUCACCAAUGAAAAGUUACAGCAGUUUUUCAACCACCACAUGUUCGUCCUGGAACAGGAAGAAUACAAGAAGGAAGGCAUUGACUGGGAGUUCAUUGACUUUGGUAUGGAUCUGGCUGCCUGCAUUGAGCUUAUUGAAAAGCCCAUGGGUAUCUUCUCCAUCCUUGAAGAGGAGUGCAUGUUCCCCAAAGCUUCUGACACCUCCUUCAAGAACAAACUCUAUGAGCAACAUUUGGGCAAAUGCAAGAACUUUGAAAAGCCCAAGCCUGGCAAAGGAAAGGCUGAAGCUCACUUCUCUCUGGUGCAUUAUGCUGGUACUGUGGAUUACAACGUCUCUGGCUGGCUUGACAAGAAUAAGGAUCCACUGAAUGAGUCUGUCAUUCAGCUCUAUCAGAAGUCUUCAGUUAAACUGCUGUCCUUCCUCUACUCCAGCUAUGCUGCAUCUGAUGCUGAUGCUGGUAGCAAGGGUGGAAAGAAGAAGAAGGGAUCCUCUUUCCAGACUGUAUCUGCUCUCUUCAGGGAAAAUUUAAAUAAACUCAUGACCAACUUGAGAAGCACCCACCCCCACUUUGUGCGUUGUCUGAUUCCAAAUGAGAGCAAGACUCCUGGUAUUAUGGAAAAUCAUUUGAUCAUUCACCAGCUGAGAUGUAACGGUGUAUUGGAGGGGAUUAGAAUCUGCAGAAAGGGAUUCCCAAGCAGAAUCCUCUAUGGUGACUUCAAACAACGUUACAAGGUUUUGAAUGCCAGUGCAAUCCCAGAUGGGCAGUUUAUUGACAGCAAGAAGGCUUCUGAGAAGCUCCUGGGCUCUAUUGAUGUUGACCAUACUCAGUAUAAAUUUGGACACACAAAGGUGUUCUUCAAAGCUGGUCUCUUAGGUACCCUGGAAGAAAUGAGAGAUGAAAAGUUGGCACAACUCAUCACUCGUACACAAGCUCUAUGCAGAGGUUUCUUGAUGAGAGUGGAGUUUAAGAAAAUGAUGGAAAGAAGGGAGGCCAUCUAUACCAUUCAGUACAAUCUGAGGUCAUUCAUGAAUGUCAAACACUGGCCAUGGAUGAAAUUAUACUUCAAGAUUAAACCUCUCCUGAAGAGUGCUGAGACUGAGAAGGAGAUGGCAAACAUGAAAGAAGAAUUUGGGAAGACCAAGGAAGCACUGGUCAAGGCAGAAGCAAAGAAGAAAGAACUAGAGGAGAAAAUGGUUGCCCUGUUGCAGGAAAAGAAUGAUUUAUCCCUGCAAGUUCAAUCAGAAAGUGAAACUUUGGCUGAUACUGAGGAAAGAUGUGAAGGCCUCAUAAAAGUUAAAAUCCAACUGGAAUCUAAAAUCAAAGAAUUAACAGAAAGACUUGAAGAUGAGGAGGAAAGCAAUGCAGAGUUAACAGCAAAAAAGAGAAAGCUGGAAGAUGAAUGCUCUGAGUUGAAGAAAGAUAUUGAUGAUCUUGAACUCACUUUGGCCAAAGUAGAAAAGGAGAAGCAUGCCACUGAAAACAAAGUAAAGAACCUUACUGAGGAAAUGGCAGUUCUAGAUGAGAACAUCUCCAAACUCACCAAAGAGAAAAAGGCCCUCCAGGAGGCUCACCAACAAACUCUUGAUGACCUUCAAGCUGAAGAGGACAAAGUCAGCUCUUUGACAAAAGCCAAAACUAAACUAGAACAGCAAGUAGAUGAUCUGGAAGGUUCCCUGGAACAAGAGAAGAAACUUCGUCUUGACCUUGAGAGAGCAAAGAGGAAACUAGAAGGAGAUCUCAAAUUGUCCCAGGAAACUGUCAUGGAUCUUGAAAAUGACAAACAGCAAACUGAUGAAAAACUUAAAAAGAAAGACUUUGAAAUUAGCCAGCUCCAAGGAAAAAUAGAGGAUGAACAAUCUUUGGCUUCUCAGCUACAGAAAAAGAUCAAGGAACUUCAGGCUCGCAUUGAAGAACUUGAGGAAGAAAUUGAGGCUGAACGGGCAGCUCGAGCAAAGAUUGAGAAACAAAGGUCUGAUCUUUCCAGAGAACUUGAGGAAAUUAGUGAAAGGCUUGAAGAAGCUGGAGGUGCAACAUCUGCACAGAUUGAAAUGAACAAGAAACGUGAAGCUGAGUUCCAGAAAGUGAGACGUGACCUGGAAGAGGCAACCCUUCAGCAUGAAGCAACAGCUAGUGCUUUGCGAAAGAAGCACGCCGACAGCACAGCUGAGCUUGGGGAACAAAUCGAUAACCUGCAGCGUGUAAAACAGAAGCUGGAGAAGGAAAAGAGUGAGCUUAAGAUGGAGAUUGAUGAUCUCGCCAGCAACUUGGAGAAUGUCUCCAAAUCCAAGGCCAACCUUGAGAAAGUGAACCGUGUGCUUGAAGACCAACUUAGCGAAGUUAAGUCCAAGGGUGAUGAGCAACAGCGUCUCCUGAUUGAUCUCUCUGCCCAAAGGGCUCGCUUCCAGACUGAGAAUGGUGAACUCUCACGUCAGGCUGAAGAAAAGGAAUCUCUGAUCUCUCAACUCUCUAGAGGAAAGCAGGGAUUUACCCAACAAAUUGAAGAGCUCAAGAGACAGCUUGAGGAGGAGUCAAAGGCUAAGAAUGCCCUUGCUCAUGCUCUGCAAUCUGCCCGUCACGACUGUGACUUGCUCCGUGAGCAAUAUGAGGAGGAACAGGAAGCCAAGGCAGAGCUCCAGCGCACACUGUCCAAAGCCAAUGGUGAAGUUUCCCAGUGGAGGAGCAAAUAUGAAACUGAUGCCAUUCAGCGUACCGAGGAGCUGGAAGAAGCUAAGAAGAAGCUUGCUCAGCGUUUACAGGAUGCUGAGGAGCAAGUUGAGGCUGUGAACUCCAAGUGUGCCUCCUUGGAAAAGACUAAGCAGAGACUGCAGUCUGAAGUUGAGGACUUAAUGGUUGAUAUUGAGAGAGCUAAUGGUACAGCAGCAGCUCUUGAUAAGAAGCAGAGGAACUUUGAUAAGGUCCUGGCAGAAUGGAAGCAAAAGUAUGAGGAAGGACAAGCUGAACUGGAGGCAGCUCUAAAAGAAGCCCGCAGCCAGAGCACAGAGAUCUUCAAGUUAAAGAAUGCUUAUGAGGAAUCCCUGGAGCACGUUGAGACACUGAAACGUGAAAACAAGAACCUUCAGCAGGAGAUUUCAGAUCUGACUGAACAAAUUGGUGAAACUGGAAAAUCAAUUAAUGAAUUGGAGAAAGCCAAGAAGCAAGUGGAGCAGGAAAAGAGCGACCUUCAGGCAGCACUGGAAGAGGCUGAGGGAUCUCUCGAACAUGAAGAGGCCAAGAUCCUGCGCAUCCAACUUGAAUUGAAUCAGGUAAAAUCUGAGGUGGACAGGAAGAUUGCCGAGAAAGAUGAGGAGAUUGAACAGCUAAAGAGAAACAGCCAGAGAGUAAUUGAUACCCUGCAGAGCACAUUGGACUCUGAAAUCAGGAGCAGAAAUGAUGCACUGAGACUAAAGAAGAAGAUGGAAGGAGACUUGAAUGAACUUGAGAUUCAGCUUAGCCAUGCCAACCGCCAAUCUGCUGAGGCUCAGAAACAGCUCAGAAACGUGCAGGCUCAGUACAAGGAUGCUCAGCUUCAGCUGGAUGAUGCAGUAAGGGGACAGGAUGACCUGAAAGAACAAGUUGCUGUGAUUGAACGCAGAAAUAACUUGCAGCAAGCUGAAAUUGAAGAAAACAGGGCUGCCCUGGAACAAACAGAGCGAUCUCGUAAGAUUGCAGAACAAGAGCUUAUAGAUGCAAGUGAACGUGUUCAGCUACUCCACUCACAGAACACAAGCCUAAUUGGCAGCAAGAAGAAGCUUGAAGGUGACAUCUCACAGCUCCAGAAUGAGGUUGAGGAAGCUGUGCAAGAAGCCAGAAAUGCUGAGGAGAAGGCCAAGAAAGCCAUCACUGAUGCUGCUUUGAUGGCUGAGGAACUAAAGAAGGAACAGGAUACUAGUGCUCACUUGGAGAGGAUGAAGAAGAACCUUGAACAAACUGUAAAGGACCUGCAGCACCGUCUGGAUGAAGCUGAACAGCUGGCUAUGAAGGGAGGCAAGAAGCAGCUCCAGAAACUGGAAAGCAGAGUACGUGAACUGGAGAAUGAACUGGAUAAUGAACAGAAACGUGGUGUUGAAGCUGUGAAAGGUGUCCGUAAAUAUGAGAGGAGGGUGAAGGAACUCACUUACCAGACUGAGGAAGACAGAAAGAAUGUUCUGAGACUUCAGGAUUUGGUGGACAAACUGCAGAUUAAGGUUAAAGCCUACAAGAGGCAAGCUGAGGAGUCUGAGGAACAAGCCAACACUCACCUGGGCCGCUUCAGAAAGGUGCAACAUGAGCUUGAGGAAGCUGAAGAAAGAGCAGACAUUGCAGAGUCACAAGUUAAUAAACUCAGGGCAAAGAGCCGUGAUGUCGGAGGCAAGAAAGAGUCUGAAGAGUGAAGCAUAUUAAAACGAAGAUAGAGAAGUUUGCAAAAUGUAAAUUUCUCACUUGUGAAUAUCCCUUGUAUUUGCCACCCAUUCCCAUGUACCUCUCUGAAUAAAUCUUUUGCAACUUGUA